GAAGAGCAUGGAGAACAUGGAAGACCGGCAGCUUUUCCGCAAAUUCAGCGAUCGAUUUGCAGAAUUGAAAAAGCGACGGUCCUCGGAGAUUGCGAGAAAAGACUCAUCAGCAAGUAGGAGUCAUCGUGAUCAAGGUCCACCACCACAAAAGCUUUUUGCUGAGAC